GCUGUGUUGUUGAACCCCUGCAUGUUUGAGUAAACGUGUGUGUUAUUAUGACAUGGUGAUGUCUCGGUAUAUCGGUGUCGGCGGUCCGGUGUUCGGUACCGGUGUGAUGUCCGGCUUCAGUGGGCGGCUUUAUCAUAAUCUCACUCAUAACAACAUGCUAGUAACUAAUCCUGGUCGGAGUGUGUUAGGGCUCAGAGACACUACACACACUCACAGUACACACACUCACACACACACUCACACUCACAGUACACACACUCACAGCGGAAGUGGGUGUGUCGCUGAGAGAGAGGUGCGGGUCCGAUUCGCCCCCAGUCCAACCGGGUUUCUGCACCUGGGUGGUUUGCGUACAGCACUCUAUAACUUCCUGUUUGCGAAGCAGCAUGGUGGGACGUUUAUCUUGCGGAUGGAGGACACGGAUCAAUCACGCAUCGUACACGGAGCAGCACAGGACAUCGAACAUACGCUGGAGUGGGCGGGUAUUCCCCCUGAUGAGAGUGACUCUAGAGGAGGUGUGUAUGGACCGUAUGUCCAGUCUCAGCGUUUGAGUGUGUAUUCUGCUGCUGCAGCCUCUCUGAUAGAAUCUGGCCACGCCUACUACUGCUUCUGCACCAAUCACAGAUUAGAGCUGCUCAAGAAGGAAGCACUGCGCAGAGGACAGACACCACGGUAUGAUAACAGGUGCAGGCAUCUUCAUGCUGAUCUGGUGCAGGAGAACCUGGCUCAGGGGAAACCCCACGCUAUUCGUUUUCGUCUACAUCCGGAUGCAGAGCCGUUCGAGGACCUGGUGUUUGGUUGGACGGGGCACGCGGUGGGGGAGGUGGAAGGGGACCCUGUGAUCCUGAAGAGUGAUGGAUUCCCUACCUAUCACCUGGCCAAUGUGGUUGAUGAUGCACACAUGCAUGUAAGCCAUGUACUGCGAGGUGCUGAGUGGCUCACCUCCACCUGUAAACACCUGCAGCUGUACCGUGCCCUGCAUAUGGCUCCGCCCACCUAUGCCCACCUGCCACUAUUACUGAACCCAGAUGGAUCCAAACUGUCAAAACGACAGGGUGACAUCUACAUCUCACACUUCAGACAGCAGGGAGCCCUGCCUGAGGCACUGCUCGACCUCAUCACUAACUGUGGCUCCGGGUUCCACUGUAAUCGUGUUGGCCGAAAUCUGAAGGAGCUGAUCAACGAAUUUAAUGUCUCAAAAAUUGUGACACACUCAGCUGUGCUUGAUCUAAAAAAACUCCCAGAAUUUAACAGGGUUCACCUGCAGCAGCGUAUUGAGGACGAGCUUCAGUGUCGCCUCCUGGUGGACGAAGUGAAGAAUCUCCUCACUCUCACUUACAGUGAUCAGAUACAGAAACAGACAGUUCUGGAUCACAGUUUCAUCCUCAGAGUACUACACAUGAGGAAGCGUCAUAUCUCAUCAGUGAGAGACCUGCUCUCACCUUCGUACUCAUACCUGUGGCUCCGCCCCUCUGUAUCUUGGCAACAACUGGAGGAAAUGAGCUCUGAAUCACGUGAAAUUAUCAAUCGCAUCAUGCUGGUAAUUAAAGGAUGUAAUGGUGAAUACACUCCUGAGUUCCUCACAGCUGAACUGAAACUCAUCGGCAAAAUACUACAGAAAACCAAAUACAGUUCAGUAAUGAAGCUACUGAGAUUCACUCUGACUGGACAACAGCAGGGACCCAGUGUGGGUGAGAUCAUGGUGUCUCUCGGUCAGGAUGAAGUUUGCUGUCGUCUACAAAACAUUUUAGAAGCAUAACCUGACUUAUUCUGGAGAACUCUAGAACCCUGAACUCUAGAACCCUGACAACCCUGACUGUUUGUUUUGGAGAACUCUAGAACCCAGCAUUUGGGGAAACUCCACAACUCAGAUUAUUUAAAGAUUCUUUAGUACUGUUCUGAUUAAAGCUGCAUUUUUCUUUGUUUUGUACAAAAUAAAAUUUUGUACAAUAAAAUUUUUAACAAUAUCA